AUGGCCCUGCCCACGCUCCAGUUCCUGGCGGGGCUCCUGCUCCUGCUGUACCUGCUGAGCUUCGUGCUCUUCGCCUUCAUCCGCGUCGUCACCGGCGUCUCCAUACAACGACUGGGCUACUCGGGCCUGCGCCGCAUUGCAUUCACGCCCAAGGAUGGCCUGCGCAUCGAGAUCCGUGGCCUUGGCUUCUCCCUCCACCGCCCCACAUUCGCCCAGCCGACGUGGGUCAGCAUCGUGUUGACCGAGCUCAAGGUCACGGUCGACCUGAAGGCGCUGGGCGAGAAGCCAAAGCGGAAGACUGGAUGGACGAAUUGGUCGAAUGGCUCUGCGCAGAAGAACACGAGCGGGACCAACACGCCCGAGGUGGCGGUCAAGGAUGAGGACACAGGUGGCAGCGAGGAGCACAGGCGGAGUCUGACGUGGAAGCGGUUGACGGACAUGAAGGAGAAGAUCAAACGGCUGCACAGGCAGAUUAACUACAUCUGCAUGGUAGACCUGCUGGCCUACUCCACGACGUGUGUGGUCCUCGACGUUGGGUCUGUGCAGGUGGGCAACCUGUCGCUCGCUGUCGAUACUAGGCGCAAAACAGUGGACCGCAGCCGCCUCUUCAACCACCACAAGCUCAAGUCGAGCCAAGAGCAACGGCCCGCCGAGUGGCACCUCACACUGCGCAGUGUCCUCUUCACACCAGAGGGGGGCGAGUCGACCGAGGUGCUCGAUCACUGCACACUGAACAUUCAUGGCUUUCUCAAGAAAGAGCUGGAAGGUCUGCGAGAUGCGUCAAUCGCUCUCAAGCUGGGGCGUCUGAGCAUUCCCUACGACGACGUCAAGCUGUGUGUGGAGCGCGCCAAGAAGUGCAGGCCAGCGUCGACACAGAAGGAGAAAGACGUCAAGACCAGGCACCUGGUCGUCUCCCUCACUGACGUUAUGGAAGAGCUCGAUCAUCCCGGAAGUCGAGAGCAGGGCAUUGUCCAGACCGUAUCCGACUCGAGAGAGUUUGCCAGCUCUAUCUUGCGCGGCAUCCACGAGUUCCAAUUCGCCAUCAGCUUCGUUGGUCUCACCAAGCAGAUCAGGGCCAGUCGCAAGAACGAGCCAGAGGUCUACCUCAACGUGGCGAUGAAGGAGGUUGGCAUGGACCUGCUACGACUGGACCCACGAAGUCCCGCGCAUCUCAUGUACUUCUCGCCGAACGAUAUAGCACACCAGGCCCUACUCGCUGCGAUCUCCAUCUCCGUCGGUAUCGACGACGGCUCCGGCCACCCAGAGCGUCUUCUCUACGUUCCGAUGGCUACGACUACGCUAAACACGACCCUCCCUUCAAAGACCAUUCAGUUCUCGAGCGACAAGGAUAGCGUCGAGCGCAACACCAACAUUCUUUUCGCUAAUCUCGUCAUUACUUCACCAUCGCUGGAUCUGGAUCCCAAGCACCUACCAUUACUAUUGUCUAUGUUUAACAGCUACGAAUCGCGCAAGAAGCCUCAGAAGACCCGGAACAGCAAGCGAUACCUUAUCCGUCGAUUGUUGCCCAAGGCGAACAUCAAGAUCUCCAUCCACGAACCUGUCAUAAGAGUGACAUUGCCGCCAAUGGACCCCGAACGGCGAGGGACCGAUGAGUUUGAUCUGCUGAUCUCGGCCUCCUCGUCUUUGUCGCUAGAUGUCGAGUCGUCACAUGCCGCCGAUGGCGAGCUUCACUAUGCGCUGCUCUCGACCUUCCGCAUGAACGCACAGCAACUGUACUACCAGACUGCGUCGAUCGAGAAGCAUAGCCUGCUUCUGACAGAUUACCUAGAGUUCAAGAUGCAACUCAGUGCUUCGCCAGACGUCACAGUCGAACUUCGUGGCAUGGCGCAGACCUUCUCUUUCUAUCUCGUUCGACCAGAGAUCAGCGAGGGACUACGACAGAUCGUGACGCAUCUCCAGAAAGACAGGCGUAAGAAGCGGGGCGCACCUAAGAAGAAGGGUCUCAGCUUCCUUCGCAAGUUACCUCCAUGGCUUGCAUGCAUACAUCUGCAAGGCUCAGACUUCAACAUUGAAGUUGCCGGUGUCGACGAGGGCGUGUCGAAGCACAGUCGUGGAGCAGCGGUACACCUCGAAUCGUGGACAGCCGAAUACAAGCACAGCCGGGAUGACGAAAGCGAUCUUAAGCCGGUCCGUCGUCGCGCACCUAGUCGAACAAUCAAUCGAGACGAGCACCUGAUGCGGCCACCUACAUCUCCAUCACCGAAGUCGCCUAACAAGCCUUUAGGCGACGCGACAGAUGGUAGACGACUCGCCCUUCACUUCGCUGGAUUGGAAGGCUUUGUCAUUGAAGCUGCCGAUCAAUGGGAGCAGGAUCCUUCCCUGUCAUUACCGCGCAUGGAAGUGGCGUUCAGUACGACGUCCGACAAGCAAGGACCAAUCUUCCACAUUCACUCGUUCUCCCAGCGCUUGUACCUACGAUACUCGUUAUACCGACAUUUCGCAAUGGGCAUGGCUAUGCAGGUCCUGCGGCAGUCGUUCGUCGUGCCGCAAGAACCCGUACCUUUGGACGAACCGAUGUCGCCGAUGUCGCCAGUUCUAUCGCCUACGCAUCUCGCGGUGCCAUCGAUUGACGGCGACAUGUUCGGUCCCAUGGGCAGCGCGAGUCCUGAGAUCGUCACUGUGGAUUUCAAGGCCCAAUUCAUCCAGAUCAAGGCAGACAUGCCAUCUGAUCCACCGCUAAUGUUGCAGAUAUAUGGUGUGGAUGCUGGGCAGCAUAGGUGGCAGCCCCCGUUUCUGCGAUCACGUCUUGUCAGGCUGUAUGCCGAGAACCCUAACGUCAAACGCGUGUGGAGCCGCAUAGUGAGCGUCAAGUCACUGCGAUUAGACUAUAGGCAGACGAAACGUCGAUACGGCCAUACGGUCACCGAUGACAAGUCGAUCGACGUCGCUACGGACGCUAUCAGAAUUGCCGUACCGCAUCAGCUGGUCGUACACAAGAUCUUUGACAAUAUCACGAAUAUCACAAAGGUGGCAAAGCAGAUGCAUCACCGCUUCAAGACAGGCACGAACGAGUACGUACUAGACAAGGAACCAGAAGGCCCCAAACAUGUGCCGAAGAUCUCGUUGCGCAGUCGCGCUGUCCUGUUCGAGCUCGAAGACAGCUCUUUCGAAUGGAAGCUCGGCACCAUCUACCGCAUUGGUCUUAUGGAGCAGAAGCAGCGGCUCGCACGAGAGCAAGCAUUCGAGCUCAAGGUCAAGAAGCUGCAGCAACAAGACGAGCUUCGAAGCGGUGGCUCUCGAUACCGCGCCAGAUCCGCCCACAAUGGGCAUCAUGGUCAUCGGGGUCGAAACAAAUCUAAGAACAGGGAAGGUGGACAUCGCAGGUUCCACCGCCGGACCAAGAGCGCAGACUCGAUCGACCAAGGUUCACUUGAUGGUGAUCGACCUAUGCGAUACAACAAAGACGGCUUCAGUGGCCUCAGCGGUUCUAGCCAGACGUCUGUCGAAGUUGCUCGCGAGAAGUUGAAGGUUCUCAACGCUCAGACCUGGAGGAAGCGUAUUGACCACGCACUCGCAACCCAAAACCGCUCGAUGCACGACAUCCGUUCUAUGUUCUGGGGUCUGGAUGAGCUGCCGGACGAUGUCGAGCAGAAAGAGACCAUCCUCACUAUUCCUCAACGUCCCGCGCUUAUGGCGUUCGCUGUCAGUGAUCUCGACAUCACUAUCGAUAAACCUUCUUUCCCCAUGUCAGAGUACCCCAAGUUCCUCCAGCGUGUGGGCAAGGGCAUGCCGACUGACAUGCAGUACUCGCUGCUGAUUCCCAUGCACGUCCAAAUCAACGCUGGCGAAGCCAAACUCCACCUUCGAGACUAUCCAUUGCCACUCGUACACAUUCCUUCAAUAGGCAAUGUCGGAUCAUCGCGUCUGCCAAGUCUAUCAUUGAAAACGGACUUCGUGAUUGCAGAAGAGUUCAGAGAUGUCGAGUCAUCACGAGUCAGCAGGGUGGUGGUCGUGCCCAAGGAAGAGACGCUGUCCGGCGAGCUCUCAGGCGGAUUCGCGGUUGACGUGCGCCGUACAGUAGCACCUGUCAAGACUUACUCGGACAUGAACGUCGACAUCAACUCAGCGUAUCCAACACGGAUCACGUGGGGCACAUCUUACCAGCCAGCUAUUCAGGACAUGAUGCAGAUCAUCGAAAACUUCACAAAGCCUGCUGUUGACCCGUCGGAGCGUGUGGGCUUCUGGGAUAAGAUCAGGUUGACCUUCCACUCACGUAUCAACAUUUCAUGGAAGGGCGACGGUGAUGUUCACCUCAUCCUCAAGGGUUCUCGCGAUCCGUACAUGGUCACAGGCCAUGGCGCCGGUUUUGUCAUGUGCUGGCAAAACGACGUCAAGCUCACUCUGGCGGAAGACGAAGAUCCGCGCAAUUUCAUGGUCGUGAAAAGCGGAAGCUACGUCCUCGCCAUACCUGACCUUGGCCAAUACGCACGUCACGAGUCUGACGCCGAGUCCAGCCGCCCCGAGAGCGCGUCAAGUCUGUCGAGUCGCAGGCAGGCUGCUGUUUUCAAGAAGACUGUGAUGAAGCUCAACGGCAACGUGCGAUGGGGUGUCGGAUUGGUGUUUGAACGCAAUCUGGAUAGUGGUGGGAGAUCGUUUGACUUCAUUCCUCAUUACAAUGUUGCGCUCAAGAACCCGAAGUAUGCAAAGCCAUCAAAUGGAAAGGAAUACGACGCUUUUCGUGGCUUCCGCAGCCAUCAUAUCCAUAUGUCUAUCGCUAUUGCCGCACCGUACGAUCGAGAAUGGUCAGUGGCCAACCAAGACGCUUCGAAGACGUACAACAGUGUGCAUCUCACACCCCGCUUUUUUACCCACUUCUACAACUGGUGGUCCAUGUUCUCGGGCGCCAUGUCACUGCCAGUCCGCCAAGGCAAGCUGUGGCCUGGCGUAGAGAAGUCAAGCAAGAAGUUUGGCCGGCAUCUCGCAACGAUCAAGUACAAUCUGCUACUCUCGCCGUUGUACAUGAGCCACAUCUACAAGCAUAAGGAUGCUGAAGACUACGGCUCGGGCGUUGUGUCUGCCACCGGACUGAAGGCGCGUGUGGACAGCUUCAUGCUCGAUCUUCAUCAGCGUCGUGAGGAGUUCCGUACAGUCGUCCAAGCGCCCAAAGGUAAAGAGGACAGUAAGCAGAACCAAACCACUGGUAUGCGCAUCAAUCAGGUCCAGCUGGAUCUCAUCAAAACGGAUGUGCGAGCUGUAUCAGCAAGCAUAGCUGGGACUGACUCAGACGAUGUCGAAAAUGCCACGGUUGAAGAGGCUGCGAGCUUUAAUCAAGAGUACAUCAGGGCGGAUCUGUCGAAGUUCACUAUACCUGACAACGAUUGGGGUUGGGUCGAUAUGGAUGACUUUAUUGAGCUCGGGUGGAUCUUGCCAGCAGAUCGUCAUCCUGAGACGCAGAUCCUACCACUUGCUUUUGCACCUCACUUCACCUACUUCCGCCAGACAGAUCACGCCGACAAUAUCUCUGGAGACAUCCACAGAACCAGUGCGUUCGGUAAUGAGCCAACGCACCAUUGUGUCAUGUCAGCACGCAACGACCCGCGACGUAUUCAGUGCGGCCUCAUUGAACAGCGAAUCGAACGGAUCAAGAAGCAAAUUGAGCACAACCACCGCGCAAUUGGCGAACAGGAGGUCAAGGUCGUUCGUGAGCUCGAUGAGAACCAGAAGGAAGCGGAGCGCCGUCUGAACACGUUCAAGAGCCACGCAUUGUUCUUGCAACGGAAGUUGGAGUUUCUCACCUCGAUGCACGAGAGUCUUCUUGACCGACUGGCAGCUAACGAGGCGAAUGCCGUACCUGAAGGGGAGCCUGAUACUGACGAUGAGUUCUACGAAGCCAACGGCGAAGACCCAGCGAAUGACUCCGAUACCAAAGGAAUGGACUCAAAACCUAACAUUGACUAUAUCAGCGACUUCAACAACCGUUUCAUCAUCCACAAUGUACACUUAAAGUGGGGCAAUUCGUUGCGAAAUAUCAUCCUGCGCUAUAUCCAUCAAGUCAGUCAGCGUCGAGGUUUCGUGUACUACAUGUCUCGAAGAGCAGUCAAGUUCAUCCUCGAUGUUGUGGAUGAGCAGAACAAGUCACGCGGACCGUCCACAUCUUUCGAAUACGAAAGCCCUGAUAUGGAUCCGACGACACCAAAAGCGCAGAGCGACCAAGGUCUCAGCAUCGAUGAGACGAUUCAGCAGCUCCUUGUAGAUGGCAAGAAGUUCGUCGAUGCUGACGAGCUCGAGGAGGGCGACAAGAAUAAGGAAGCACAAGAGAAGCAAGAUUCGGCUGAGAAAGAUGUUAAUGCAGACUACGUGCCCCAGAACGCAUACAUCGUCCGCCUCAUCGCCCCUCAGAUCCAGCUGCAGAGUGAGCGUAACACGAAAGCUGCUGUGCUCGUAACCGCCAAGGGCAUGCAACUCAAAGUCCUGCAAAUCAUGGAUAAGGAUCGAGUCAUGGACGAGGUCUCCGGUCUAGUGCAACGCCGCUUCACUGCUGCCAUGGACAGUCUCCAGAUCUUUGUCACUAACGCUAAGAUCUUUAGUGGCAUGGACGACAUCCAUAUGUACUCUGGAAGCACAUACGGAACUCCAGCGGGCUCGGCUUGGCCGCCUUGGGUCCCAUUCGAGGUCAUGUUCGAGUUCCAUACGAAUCCUUAUGGCUUCCAGAGGGUGGUGCAGAGGACGUCAGCCAGUAUGCGAUACGACAAGUACAACACUCUGCGUCUUAAAUACAACGACGACGUGUCUGGAGACUCUGCAUCAUCGAAGAGCGCGCAGAACAUGGAGAGUAGGAUUGACCAUCUCUGGGUUGACUUUCCUCACGUCCGCGCCUUAUGCGAUUCACGACAAUACUACGCUAUGUAUGUCAUUGUAUUGGAUCUACUCUUGUACCGCGAGCCGCUUGAGAAGACGCGCAACGAGCGUCUCGAGAAGAUUAUGCUGGCUUCCGACUUCAGUGAUCUCACAGGUGCACCUAGCUUGAUUAUCGGUCUCCAGGAGCGUAUUCGACAACUUGAAGAGAUCAAGACGGUCUUCCAGGUCAACGAGAAGUACCUCGAUAAGCAGGGCUGGGAAGAUCGUGUUGAGGUGGAGAAGGACCUGGCAGUGUAUGAGGAUGAGCUGUUCUUCGUCAUGAAGGCCAUUACCACCGCACAGCGCAAGCAGGACGACCGUGCGCAAGCUAAGCAGUCGACUGGUCUUCUUCGAUGGUACAUCUCUGCAUCAGAGAUCGUGUGGCACUUGUUACGCGAAGGACAAGAGUCUCUCGCAGAGUUCCAGCUGAAGAACGUACUGUACGAUCGUACCGACAACAAUGAUGGGUCCAACUUCAACUCGUUGGAGAUCGAGGAAGCACGCGGUCUGAACCUGCUCCCGAACGCACUGUACCCGGAGAUGAUCUUGCCCUAUCUGGAGAACAACAAACAGCUGCCUGAGAACGCUAAGUGCUUGAAGGUACAGUUUGUCAUGCUCGAGGCCAUUGCCGGUAUACCCGUUAUGGAGCACUUCGAAGUCAUGCUGUACCCACUCAAGGUUCAGCUGGAGUGGGAGAUCGGCAAGAAGCUGUUCGAAUACAUCUUCCCUGCCAUCAAAGACAAGAACGCGGAGAAUGGCAACUCGUCACCCUUCAUGAUCAAGCACACACUGCCAUCCCAGGACGACGAGGACAACGAUGUUAACGGCAGCAUGACUUCGAGCGUCAACACUAGCAUGAGCAGUUCCAUAUCACAAGACGAAGCAGCCGCUGCCAUCAAGUCGCGACUGACGCCAACGUUGAAGCUACCAGAUCCGAACGACAGGGCUGCGAGCAAGGUCAAGAGUAGCCCACAAAAGAGGCCUGGCUUGAACAGCUUCCGAUCACUGUUCCGCGAUGACAAUGCAUCCCGCAGUGGAACUGAACUGCGUCGGACGCUGCAUCCUAACUCUGCAGCGACGCCGUCAGGCUCUUCACUCAACAUCCAUGGCAGGCCUGCAUCAGUCCGCUCCAACACAUCGUCUAUGACAGCAAACGAGUCCGAGCGCACCGCGAAGAAGUUCACGCUCUACCGUACCGGCACAAGCAUGACAAUGACCGACAAGCGUGCAGACAAGAAGGACAAGAAAGAGCGCCACGACGAUCUUACGCAGAUGAUGAACCGAGCAAGUAACUACAUGACACUCGCCUACGUCCGCAUCCCCUCAAUGACACUCUGCCUCUCCUACAAAGGCAAAGGCUCGCGCAACUUCGAAGACGUGCACGACCUCGUCUUCAAAAUGCCCACCCUCGAAUACCGCAACAAGACCUGGUCGAACCUCGAUCUUGCGUUACAACUGAAGAAAGACGUCAUUCGUGCGCUUAUCAGUCAUGCGGGCGCCAUCGUAGGCAACAAAUUUUCCCACCACCGCCCGUCCAAGACGCAGCAGAGCAGACUGAGACAAAUCGCAAACAGUAGCGCUAUGCUCAAUGCUUCCCCCGACCUCUCCUCCGAUGGCGCAUCAAUGCGCGACCAUUCCCCCGGCGGCUCGUCGACCGACGGUGUCCGCCGCUCCUUCACAUCCGGGCGGCAAGGGUCGUGGGUGUCCACUGUCUCCGAAGAGAGCUCUCUGCGUCCAGGCACGAGCGCCGACGAGCGUAGCACGCACGGCUCCAUUCUCGGUGGCUUGCACAGACACCACCACGAUGAUCACGGCUUGGGUAUCGAGGACGGGCGCGCCUUUGCGGACGAACUGAGUAGAGUGGAUAAUACGGAGCCCGGGCAUGCGAAUCUUAUCCAUAGUCUGAGUAAGCAUAUCACUAGUGUGACGCCUUUUGCCAAUUAUAGGGGCAGGGAUAGGGCAAAUUCGGCGGGGAAUAAUGGGAGUUUUCCAUUCUCGAGGAACGGCAGCGUGGUCGAAGAAGGGGAUCGACCGGUGACCAGCUACGGAGACGACGGGGAGCAAGGCAAGAAUAAGAAACAGAAAGCAUUGGCGGUGGGAAAGAAGUUACUUGGUAGAACGAAGACUGAGAGGUUUGAGUAA